AUGCUAUUACUCAAAACACUUGCCCGCUCGAUGAGUACCGCCGCUAACCGGAGCACUUCAGGACCAAUUGCGCAAAGCAUAACAAAUAAAGUACGGCAGCAGUUUCCUGAUCUACAGCAUUUUGCAUUAUUCAAUGACUCCUACAAACACGCGGGCCACCACGGGAUGGCAGAGGCCGAGAACAGAAUUGAGUCGCACUUCCGUAUCGAAGUUGUGAGUGGUGCAUUUGAAGGUCUGACCUUGCCUAAAAGACACCGUCUUAUGUACACACUGCUGGAUGAGGAAUUGCAAAAAGGCGUACACGCUUUGCAGCUGCAGACCAGAACGCCAGCUGAACAGGAGCGGAAGAAUCAAAGGGCAGAGUAG